AUGUCUUCCUCCCAAUCUGAGCAGGCACCCUCCAAAUGCAUGGGUCCCGACUACCGCCCUGCGACGGAGAAGCCGACCGCAACAGUCUCUACCCAGGUGUCACACGACAACAUUCACAUUCUGUCGCAGACGCCGCAGCUCAUUGCCCUUCUGACUAUGAUCAGAGAUAAGAACACCGACCGGGCCAACUUCAUCUUCUACUCCAACCGUAUCAUUCGUCUCCUUGUCGAAGAGGGCCUGAACCACUUGCCUGUCCAGGAACAUACCAUCACCACGCCUCUCGGCACUCAAUACUCUGGUGUGAAGUUCGAGGGCAAGAUAUGCGGUGUGUCGAUCAUGCGCGCAGGCGAGUCCAUGGAGCAGGGUCUCCGCGACUGCUGCCGUUCCGUGCGGAUAGGCAAGAUCCUGAUCCAGCGCGAUGAGGAGACUGCCAAGCCUAAGCUCUUCUACGAUAAGCUGCCCGAGGACAUUGCAGACCGCUGGGUGCUCCUGCUGGACCCCAUGCUCGCUACUGGCGGUUCGGCGCUCAUGGCUGUCGAUGUCCUGAAGUCUCGCGGCGUUCCCGAAGACCGCAUCCUCUUCCUGAACCUCAUUGCUAGCCCCGAGGGCGCUGCCAACUUUGCCCAGCAGUUCCCUAAGGUCCGCGUCAUCACCGCCUUCGUUGACCAAGGACUGAACGAGAAGAACUACAUUGUCCCUGGACUCGGUGACUUUGGCGACCGUUUCUACACCAUGUAA